AUGGUGGAGCAGGCGACGAAGAGGCGCUGGCAGUCGUGCACCCCCGGGCUCUACAUCGGACAGUCCUAUUUCAGUGGCGAAAAAGACAGUGCAAGCAGCUGGUCUGUCCACACUGUGCGCUACCUCGCCUCUCCGAGGGGAAGCUCACUCUUACUGUCGACGACCCUGCGGAGAAGAAUCAGGCGCUCCAGGGACCAGCAGGAGUUCCUCGCCUACCUCGCGGAGGUGACGAAGGCAAACAAGGUCCCCAGCUUGGACUUCGUACUUGCUGUACAGACGACUAUGCGCGGAGUACGGCAGACGAUGGAUGCGCAGUGGUUCGCGUUCGGGACCAAGUACCUUGUGCAAUAUUUGGAGACAUGCAAGACUGCAAUAAUUUGGCGUAGCGCGAUAUGA